GGCUGCGGGCGCCGGGGAGGGCGGCCUCCGCUGCAGGGCGCGUCAGUGGCCCCCUGCCCUGUGGGCCCUCUCCCCGCGGGGCAGACUUCACUGGAGGGCGGCCCACCCCGCCCGGCGCGCCAAUGCGGGCCCGGGUCGCGGCGGGCGGCUCUUACCUGUGCCUUCCCUUUCUUUAUCGUCCGCCAUCUUGUUGCGGAGCCGUCGCCCGGGAGAUGCCUGGCGUCACCCUAGGACGCGGCGUCCUUGCCCCUCCAGCCCCCGCGCGAGUCUGGCCUGGGGCACCGGCGGCUCCGAACCCCCAGGGCGGGGGGCUGGGGAGCGGGGGAAGGCUCCGAGCGCGCGCCCGCCCCUCCCCCCAGACGUGUCCCCGUCCCCUCCCCCUCCCGGCCCACUCCGGCCUUGGGGGACUUGGGGGACGAGGGAGUGGCAGAGCCCCAGGCCCUGCCUUCCCUCCUGACCCGCGUGGGGACUCGCAGGCCCGGCGCCCUCCCCGCCCGUGGCUACGACGUGGCGCCGCGCGGUUUUUUCACUACGGACUUGAAAACGCGGCCGGAGAGCCAGGGUCGGACCUCGCGGCUGCCCCGGAGGCCGGGACGCCGGGCGGGCGCGGGGGGCACCCCAGCCGGCACCCCCGGGGCGGGCGGCGGCGGCGCGAGCUCGGGGCCGCCGAGCAAACACGGCGUCGUCAAGGCGGCAGUUGCUGACACAAACUGGAAGGUUCUCAUGGCAACGGAGACGUGCCCGCCCGGCCGCCUCGACACCGACGUUAAAUGUCCUAGCUCGUGAGGUUUGACGUGACCUCCAGCUAAGGUUACUACGGAGAAGUUGUACCUCCCGCGUUUCUGCAACUUGGCAGCUGUCGCAGGAUGUUAGAUUUUUGUCUCGGCUUAAGGAUAAGCUCGUUCUACUAGAACGUUUUCUUUCUGAAAUGAUUUUUUGAAUUUUGUGGUUCAAACGAAUAUAAGAUUUUAAAGCUAAUCUUGGAUGAUUUUUAAGUGCAUUCGCGUGCUAGCUUAAAGGACGUUAUGUGAAAAUGUAUGAACUGUUAACUAAAUGUUGAAGCCUUCAGAGUACAAGAUUUUCCCUGUCCUAUGCCUAUGUGUCAUAAGGCAAAGAAUUUAGAGCAUGUCUGCUUUCUCCGCUAGGAGUCCCAGGCUAGUGCUGUAGACCUCAGCUCUUUCAGAGAGGCGACAGAAGGCACCUCCCUCGAACAACUGUUUCUGUCAUGUGCAAGCUUGCCAUUGAAGAUAUCUGCCAUUCCACGUAAUAUCCUGUAUUCCAAGUUUCAGUGAAUGAUCUGCUUUUUAAGGGGCACCUGAGUGGCUCAGUCCAUUGAGAACCUGCCUCUCGAUUCCAGCUCAGGUCCUGAUCUCAUGGCCGGGCUCCCUGCUCAUUGUGGAGCCUCCUUGAGAUUCUCCCUCUCCC